AUGAACAGCGAAGAAACAGAAAACGAAAACGAGCCUCAGAGAGAGAAGUUCAAUCUAUCCGAAUGGCCAUUUCCGAUGCCUGAUGUCUUCAAAAGAAAAGAAAUUUCAUAUAAUUAUCAUUAUGAUUUGGCAACAUCGAAAACCUCGAUGGUCCUUAAAAUGCUGUUCAAAUGGAGGGGUUCCCUAUGGGAAGCAGUUUACAAAGAACUAAUUAUCUGGAUUAUCGCUUACACGUUUGUCUCUUUAAUUUACAGAUUUGCAUUAACCGAAGACCAACGAGAUCUAUUUGAGAGAUUUGGCGAGUAUUGUGAUGCUCGAAUGGGAUAUCUUCCGCUCAAUUUUGUUCUCGGCUUUUUCUGCAACAUUAUUAUUAGAAGAUGGCUCAAAUUAUACACAAGUCUCGGGCCAAUAGACAAUAUUGCCUUAUUCGUCAGCGCGUAUGUUCGAGGCAAAGACGCCCGAGCUCGAAUGCUGAGAAGAAACAUCAUUCGCUAUUGUGUUCUAUCGCAAUGUCUCGUGUUCCGCGAUAUUCACGUCGGGGUCCGUAGAAGAUUUCCGACAUUAGAAUCGGUUGCACAAGCUGGAAUUAUGCUGCCGCACGAGCUCGAAAAAUUUGAUUCCAUCAAAUCAAGAUACUCCAAAUACUGGGUCAGCUUCAAUUGGGCCCUCGAAUUGUUGAACAUCGCCAAACAGGAAAAGUGCAUUGAUGGAGACAAUGCUCGAAAUGCGAUCGCUCAGGAGAUCAGCAAAUUUCGACUUCAGCUCACAACAAUCUCGAUGUACGAUUGGGUGCCGAUUCCGUCGAUGUUUCCACAAUUGGUGAAUAUGGCCGUCCACACUUACUUUUUUAUUUGUGUUUUCACUCGUCAAUUUUUCAUUUCUGAAGAGGCUCAUAAUAAAACAGAAGUUGAUCUUUACAUACCUUUUAUGACAAUUAUUGAAUUUGUUUUUUACGUCGGAUGGCUCAAGGUAGCCAUGGAAUUGUUGAAUCCGUUUGGGGAGGACGCUGAUGAUUUCGAUUGUAAUCUUCUCAUAGAUCUGAAUUUGGCAAUCGGACUAACUUCUGUUGAUGAUGCCUACGAUCAAGUGCCGGAAGUAAAACCGGAUGUUUUUUCGGGCGGUUCGGUGAAGCCGCUUGAUUCGGACGACACGAAAAGCCUCGAAUAUCAUUUGGGAAGCGCCGCGCAAAUGGAAGAGAUUUCGUGUUUGAAGAGCGAUGAGAAGAAAACGAAGGCGACUGGAACGAAAUCGAAUAAAAUCAAAUGUUGGAUGAAAACCUUCAAACGACGGCGAUUUGAGACGACUCAUAAAUCGGAUUGUUCGGUCACCAAUUCUGCCCAGGAAAUCAAUUAUAUUUAA